UUUAUUUAUUCUCUAUCCUAUCGCCAUGAAAAGUGUUAUACUCUUUAGUUUUUUUACUAUUGUCUUCUCUGGACCGGUGGUUCAAGAGAUGACAUCACAAGAAGACAUUACACAUUUCCUUUAUAAAAACGAAAAUGGAGAUAUUCUGGUAGAAGAUUUAACAAUUCCAGCAGUUAACUUGACAGCCUCGGCUUCAGAUGUGACUUUCAAUUUCUUCUGUAAAAAGAACUCCAGAAGUAGCAUUGAUAUUCGCAGUAACGAGAUUUCAUUGUUGAAGGAAACUGACUUCAACGUUAAAAAAGACACGCUAUUUAUUAUUCACGGUUGGAAAAACUCACAUGAGUCAAACGUGAAUUCUCUUAUAAGAGAAAAUACAUUGAACGGUCACGAUAUCAAUGUUUUUGUGGUUGACUGGAGUCCAAUUGCCAGCAAAACCUAUAUAUCAGCUCAGGGAUGUGUUCCUAAAGUUGGUGGAUUCGUAGCUGACUUUGUGAGGAGUCUGCAGCAAAACUUCAAAUUGAAUUUGAGCAAAGUCAAGUUUGUGGGUCAUUCUUUGGGUGCACAUGUUUGUGGUUGUGCAGGAACGGCUUUGGGUGGUCAAGUUAGUCGUAUCGUAGGUUUGGAUCCAGCUGGUCCACUCUUUUCACUUAGUAACAAGGAAAAUCGUUUGGAUAAAUCCAGCGCAAAGUAUGUGGAAGUAAUCCAUACCAAUGGUGGUAUGUUGGGUUUCAAUGACCAGUUGGGACACUCAGACUACUAUCCUAAUGGAGGUAGGACACAACCAGGUUGCGGUGUGGAUUUAACUGGAUCCUGUUCCCAUAGUAGAUCCUACGAGUAUUAUGCAGAAUCUCUGAGCAACAACAGAUUUGAAGCGAGAGAGUGUGGGAGUAUCAAAGACUACACUAGUGGAAAAUGUAACAAUGCCAAACGCUCCUUCAUGUGUCCAUUCAUCCUCGACACAAGUGCACAUGGAAAAUUCUUUUUGGAAACUAACAGUAAGUCACCGUUCGCCAAAGGAUAACUUUUGAUGUCAAAUGAUGGAUGCUGAUGUUGGUAAAUUUCAGUAAAGAGUGAUUCUUGUACUAGUUUUUUCAUUUUCAUUUCGAAUAAAAAGAGCUUUGAAC